AUGACACCUUUACCUUCAAGUGAUUUGCAACUACUUAAAGAAAAAGUAAGAAUCCUUGACCAAGAUAUCAUGGAACUUAAGAAUAUUGCCAAAAGUUUCUAAACAUAAGAACUCUCUGUUUAAGAUUUCGCUGGAUCAUUUACUUUCGACAACAUGGGAGAUAAAAAUACUAUCAAUAUUUCAAAUAAUGAAAGACCUCAUCAUAAAAAGGGAAAGAAGAGAAGCUCAGGAGGUAACUUCGCCAAAGAUGUCAAUAUCAGGAACAAUGGUGACAAAAACAAAUUCACAAUCACAGAAAAUGGAAAUGUCAAUGUCCAAGGAUAUAUUUAAAGACCUGAAUCCCCUGUAUUUGAUGAUUUGAGUGUAGCUAACUUCGCUGAUAACUUCCAUUUCGAUAACAGUGGAUCUUCAAACAAUAUAGAGAUUGCAAAUAAUGAAGGAUCUUCAACCAAGAAGUCUUCAGGCUCAAUGUUUGGCAAAAACAUUGAUUUCAAGAAUUCAGGGAAUGGAAAUGCUUUCAGCUUUGGCAAUGGUGGAAAAUAAAAUGAUGCUGAAGAUGACUUCUCAAACUCAUUCAAAUUUGAAAACACUGGAGGACAUAAUGAUAUCCUAAUCAAGAAUGGUGGUGGAUAGUUCUCGAAGGAUGUUAACAUUAAAAAUAAGGGUGGUAACAAUAACAUCGGUAUUGAUAACGAAGGAGGAAAAUUCGCCAAAGGAGUAGACAUUAAUAACUCAGGAAAUCAUAAUAAUAUUGGCAUUACCAAUAAUGGUGAUAAGUUCUCAAAAGAUUUCAACUUGAACAAUAAGGGCUCUCUUAACAAUAUUGGUAUUAGUAACAAUGGAGAUAAAUUCUCCAAAAACUUUAAAAUGAACAACUAAGGUUCUCUAAAUGACAUUGGUAUUUAAAAUAGAGGAGACAAAUUCUCAUCCUAAUUCAACUUGAAUAAUAAGGGAUCUAGAAACGACAUUGGAAUUACUAACAGAGGAGCUGACUUCACUAAUAAUAUGGGUAUUGCUAACAGCGGAUCCUUAAACAAUUUCAAUCUCAACAAUCACCUUAAUGUCUAAUAAUAUCCAUACUACCAGGCAUAUCCCUACCCAUACUACUAUGGUUAUAAUUGA